UGACGCAGUCCAGUUCCUGAGAGAGACAGCGAACCCUUCUCUCUGGCAGAUUGAGAUUUGCCCAUAAUGCCCCAUAUGUUUGAGGUUUGAGCUAAGUCUACGCUGAUUUUGCUUUUUUGUGGUUCUCCACCUCUAGGAAGAAGUUCUAAGUUUGCAAAAACAAAUUUCCUUGAAGAUCCGCCCACUUUUUGAAUAUUUUCUAUAAGUACGCUGUGCUGUGUAUGACUGUAUGUAAGGUAUGUGAUCUUGCUUGUUAUCCUCAUGGAAAACAGUGAUGGUUCGAUUACGGGUCAGGCGAAGAAUGCGCUCCACAAUCAUUUGAAAUUUCGAUAUGAUGGACAACAAAACAGUGAAUCCAGCAGGCACGAAGAAAUGCAGUAUCUAGACCAACUUCGCUACAUUCUGGAUAACGGAUCCUUCAAAGCUGAUCGCACCGGAGUGGGGACCUUAUCAGUCUUUGGGUUGCAUUCCCGUUACUCUUUGCGGGAAGGUAUUGUAGGUUCGUUUCCUCUUUUGACCACGAAGCGGGUGUAUUGGAAAGGUGUUGUGGAAGAGUUAUUAUGGUUUAUUCGCGGUGGAACGAACGCUAAAGACUUGGCCGAAAAGAACGUUCACAUUUGGGACGCCAAUGGAUCGCGUAAUUACUUGGAUAGUAUCGGGUUGAAACAUUACGAAGAAGGGGAGCUCGGUCCGGUUUACGGAUUUCAGUGGAGACACUUCGGGGCUGAAUACGUCGACUGCCAUGCGGAUUACAGUGGGAAGGGCAUUGAUCAGCUGAACGAUAUUGUUCACAAAAUAAAAUCCAACCCGAAUGAUCGAAGGCUGAUUCUUUCUGCAUGGAAUCCAGCCGAUUUGCUGAAGAUGGCUCUUCCGCCAUGCCACGCUCUGGUGCAGUUUUACGUGUCAAAUGGUGAAUUAUCCUGCCAGAUGUACCAACGAUCAGCUGACAUGGGUUUGGGUGUGCCCUUCAACAUCGCGAGCUACUCCCUUCUAACGUGCAUGAUAGCUCAUGUUACGGGCCUUUCACCUGGCGAUUUUGUCCACACAAUUGGUGAUGCUCAUAUUUACGUGAAUCACGUGGACGCUUUGAAGGAACAGUUGCUGCGAACCCCACUGCGCUUCCCUCAGUUAACUAUCCAACGAAAAAUCAAAAACAUUGAUGAUUUUCAAGCCGAGGAUUUUGUUCUAACCGGAUACAGCCCACACCCUCCCGUGAAAAUGUCGAUGGCUGUUUGAGAACGAUUUAAUCCAAGAUUACGUAAAAGUUUACCAAGCACGGUUUAAUGUAUUGGGUUUCAUACCUCACUAAUUGUGAAAGAACUUUGUGGAAAACUGACCAUGAAUGGGUUCAUCGGAGUACACUGUUGAGAUCGUCAUUUUCGAAGUUCGUUUCUGCUCUAUCAACUGCUGAGCGUUGUUCGUUUUCACUAACUGAGUACGACCUGAAAUAUAUUGAAGUGUAAACUAAAAUCGGUAUUCAUAAUUUUCUAAAUCCUGUCAAUUAAAUCACUACACAACUG